CUUUAUAAACAUCCGCGCAUUAUAUGUAAAGAAUGGUUUGGUACUAUUUAAUACGCGACGACUGAAAAAAAACCUACUUCAUAAACCAACUGGAUUUUGGACAAUUAAGAUGGAUUUUAGAGUAGCGUUGGUUUUGCUGCCUGCUUUAUAUGGAAUAACAUUUGGACAACGUACUGAUGAUUUACAUAGACUCUACACAAACUUAACAACACAUUAUAAUAAAGAUAUACGUCCGUCUGUGGAUCAUUGGGAACCAACAAUAGUGAACGCAUCAUUCAUGUUGUUAUCUAUCAAAGAAUAUGAGGAGAAAUCGGGAAUGCUUGCAGUAGUUGGCAUUUUUACGUUCAUUUGGCAAGAUAUGAAUUUGAUGUGGGACCGUAAUGCAUACGGAGGCAUAACUUCUAUUCUUAUACCGCAGAAUAAGAUAUGGCUGCCGGAAGUGAUUAACGGUAAGCCCUAUGAGGAGAUUGAACCAUUGGGAUUCGACAGGCUCAAUGUGCGCGUGUAUGAGUAUGGUACGGUGUUGUGGAUGCCUGGGGAUGUUUACCAGACCACGUGCUCUGCUGACGUCACAUACUUUCCUUUUGAUUUACAUCAGUGUGAGUAUAUCUUUUCUCCGUGGAUGUAUAGAACUGACGAAGUGUAUCUUCUAUCUACACAUGAUGAAGUUGAUAUCAGCUCAUAUACUCCUAGUGGUCUGUGGGAACUGAAACGUACAGAAGCGUAUGUUGAUGAAGAUUCAUUCGACUCUCAGCUAUUUAUGCUUAGAAUACAGUUCCAACGUCGUCCUAUAUUUCAUAUAGUUAAUAUAUUGGUGCCAAUAAGUGUCAUGGGAAUUUUGAAUGUUUUGGUUUUCCUACUCCCAGCGGAAUCAGGUGAGCGAGUUGGAUUUUCCAUUACGGUUCUACUUGCAAUGUCUGUGUUUCUGACAAUUAUAUCUGAUAUCCUACCGAACACGAGCCAACCAAGCAUUCCUAGAAUGUCUUAUCUCUUACUUGCUGAUUUGGUAAUCAGUUCCUUGAUAACAAUAUGCACUAUCCUUGUACUGCGUUUGCAUCACAAAAGUGAAGACGAUGAUGUCCCAAGAUGGCUGUGGUGUCUUUCGUGUACAAAAUGUUGUUCAAGAAGAAAGAGGAAGAGACGAAGACCCGUUGAUGAGUCUGACACAUUUUUCAAUUUAUACACAGAUGGAUUUACCCAAAGGCCUAUUCAUUAUGUUCCGCCGAUUCAAGAUAACAGAAAAUUAUAUAACGGAGGCAUGAACAGGUUUGGUCACUUUCAAGACCUUUCAAGACCAAGACCUUACAAUGAGAAACGGGACCAUCAAUACGAAUCUGAGAGUACACCGUCUCAUAGCAACAGUGGGGCAUAUAUGAAGGAGGACACCAAGAACAAACGGGAUUCUCAAAACUCUUCAUCUGAUGGCCAACCUCAUAUUGUCAAAUGGAAGGAGAUCGCUGACUUUUUCGACAUUUUCUUUUUUAUUCUGUUUUUGUUGGCUAACAUUGCCAAAAUCACAGCUUCUUUUUUGUUAUUUGUCAGCGACGCUUAAAUGAAUUUUCAUUCGGAGGAAAAAAUAUUCAAAGAUACUUUUCAUUAAGUAUGAGAUAAAAAUCCUCAAACACUUUUAUAGAUAUUUUAAGUGUAGGUCUUCAUAUUCAUUUAUAACCCAAAAGCAUUGUAAUGUUAAUGCACCCAAAGCCCGAACUAAAAAUACCACAAGUGAUAUUCCAUACACAUGUAUUGACAUGUUUGUACAAUACCUAUGAAUGUUUCUUUGAAGCGCAUAUAUUUCACAUAUCGUUCAAACGAUUGUCUCGCACAUUUUUUUUUAUGAAAAUGGACGAGUGAUGCAGAAGCCACGGAAAGUCUGUAUUGGGCAUGCGCAACGCUCAACUGAUUAAUUGUUGCGGGGGUUGUUCACUCGACCCUGACAUUUCCAUUUCAUAAGCAUUUUUCAGCAUCGUCGUUUUUGCAACGCGUUUCUAUUUAGAUUUUAACUACACUAUAUGUGGAUAAUGCAGCAAUAAAUGUUCCUACAUACUUUUC